AUGAAGGUACUCGAAACGGUAGUCCGUUUGCUGGUGAGUUGGGCUGGGCUGGGCUGGCUUCUGGGUGAUGCGGCGUCCAGCGUGGGAAAACGGGACGGCCCUAGCGAUGCAGACUCGGUCGUCGAUUUGACAGUCGUAUCUGAGGGGGGCAAUCAAUCAAGCGCUCUCCUGUACGGGAUCAUGUUUGAGGAAAUGGAUCACUCCGGCGAUGGCGGGAUACACGGCCAGCUUCUGCGCAACAAUGGCUUCCAAGGCUCUGACCCAGGACUCGCAGCUUAUAACCCUAUCGGGGCUGUCGAGAUUAUGCAGGAUAGUCUCAGUCCUGUCACCGAUGCAAUCCGGUCCUCUCUUGCAGUGUCUCCGCAGUCGAACGCGACGGGAUAUGUAGGGUUCGCCAAUACGGGCUACAACGGGGUUCCAGUGACGAAUGCCACAUAUCGAAGUGAAUUUUGGAUGAUGGGCGACUACAGCGGCCCUAUUACCCUGCAGCUUGUCGGGUCCUCAAGCGGAAGAGUCUAUGCCUCCCACAACAUGACGGUGGAUAGUUCAUGGGGGAACUUCAGCCGGCAUGAGGCAACGUUCAACUCCACUGCUUCCACUGACGCAGAUAAUGAAUGGCGACUGCUCUUUGAUUCCUCCCUGGUACGAGGUGGCGCGCUCAACUUUGGUCUUGUGCAGUUAUUUGCACCCACCUAUAAUUCUAGAUAUAAUGGUCUACGAGAGGACAUUGCGAGUUUGGUGGCCGAUAUUCAACCAUCUUUUCUCAGGUUUCCCGGCGGCAACAAUCUCGAAGGACUUCAGAUCAACAACCGUUGGCAAUGGAAUUUAACAAUUGGGCCAGUCGUGGAGAGACCCGGCAGGGACAGUGAUUGGUUUUAUCCGAAUACAGAUGCCCUCGGGCUCGAUGAGUACCUGUGGUGGUGUGAGGACCUGGGCAUGGUACCGGUUCUGGCUGUCUGGGCUGGAAAGUCAUACGGCGGAAUUCUCUCGGGAGAUGACCUUCAGCCCUAUGUUACCGAUAUCCUGAACGAGCUGGAGUAUCUGCUCGGCUCGAACGAUACCCAUUAUGGAAGCCUUCGUGCGCAAAAUGGACGUGAAACCCCAUGGCCCAUUCAGUAUAUCGAAAUAGGAAAUGAAGACGACUUUACCGGCGGCUGCGAGACCUAUCCAGAUAGAUUCACCCAGAUAUACGAUGCAAUUCACGCCAAAUACCCCCAACUCACCCUUAUAGCGUCUACAACGGAUGAUUUAUGUCUGCCCGAGGAGCUGCCUCCAGGCAUCAUGUUCGACUUUCACUAUUAUCGCAAUCCCGACGACCUGGUGGGCAUGUUCAACCAGUGGGAUAACCAGCCGCGAUCGCAGCCCGUGAUUGUCGGCGAAUACGGCUGUCGAAACACCAGCGACCCGGAUGGGGUCUUCUGGUCCUUCAUGCAGGCGAGUUGCAGCGAAGCCGUCCAUAUGAUCGGCCUGGAGCGAAACAGCGAUGUCGUGAAGAUGGCCGCGUACGCCCCAUUAUUACAGCACUUUGGGUUUACGCAGUGGUCGCCUACGCUUAUUGGGUUCGACUCGAGUCCGGGCUCCUUGACGCCUUCCACGUCGUACUUUGUCCAGAAGAUGUUUUCCACUAACCAGGGCACCACGGUGCAUGCGAUGAACUCAACCGCCGGCUUUGGCCCGCUGUACUGGGUGGCUACGAGCACCAAUGCUACGUAUCAAGUCAAGCUGGCGAACUACGGCGCGGACGACCAGGCCGUCAACGUCCGCGUCCCUGGCACCAAGGCUGGACGGUUGGAAAUGCUCUCCGGGCCCAAGGAAGCGAGCAACCUGCCGCAUAAUGUGACGAUCACCCCGGUGGUCACGGAUAUCACUGGGGAUAGAGAAACAUAUACCUUCCGCAUGCCUCCAUGGGGAGUUGCAAUUCUAGUUGUUUCCUGA